AUGAAUGCGACAAAAUGGAACGGGAUUUUGAACUCAUCUUAUGCGUUAAGUUGUGUUUUUAAACUUUCUUUUUGCUGGAAAUCUUUGGAAUCUCCGAUUACACAAACUUUUUUUCAGAUCCGCAAUGACUACCCUUCUCGAAAACAAUGAAACGCUCAUCAAAAAGCCGAAGAUUGACGCACCUGCCGUCCAUUCCCGGCUCACUGUCCGAUUCACGAAGCUGAACGAGAAUGCCCAGAUGCCGACGUAUGGAUCGGCGGCUGCUGCCGGAGCUGAUCUGUACAGCGCGGAAGACGUUGUCGUGCCGGCGAGAGGAAAGUUCUGCGUGUCGACGGGACUGCAGCUCGAGCUUCCGUUCGGAUACUACGGAAGAGUUGCGCCGCGCUCCGGACUCGCUGCCAAGCACUUCAUCGAUGUUGGUGCGGGAGUCGUCGACAGCGACUAUCGCGGAGAGCUCAAAGUGCUUCUUUUCAACUUCAAUGACACUGCUUUCGAGGUAGCACUGCUUUUCUAAAUAUUUUUUCGAACCAAGUGAUUUUAGGUCAAGAAAGGCGACCGAAUCGCGCAGUUGAUCUGUGAGCGCAUUGCCCAUUGCACAUACGAAGAGGCCGACGACCUGGAGAACACGGACCGUGGAGCUGGAGGAUUCGGAUCGACCGGAAAGUGA